CUAAUCUCGCGCGCCCUGGCUGGCCCAAUGGGGUUGCCCGCGGUGUAGAAGCCCGCAGCGCUGGAGUGGUGGUGCAGCUGUUUCUUUCGGAUAUCAACUUUUCAACAGAAGGAACAUCAGGAGCCACGGGGUCUAUUUAAAUCUGUAGUUGCUGCUCACAAAAUGAGGAUGCAGACUCUGAAUUGUUGGUUUAGAUGUUCUUCAUGCAAGAGCAAUAUACUGAAGGAGAGAAGUAUGCUAUGUUGAUCAGUGAUUUCAAGGAAAGCUUAGAACGUUGAAACAAAGUUGCAAAUGGUACAAGACUUCUAAGCAUUCCAUAUUGGAAGAAGAGAUUUUUAUACAUGAAAAAUGCCUUUGUUUAGUAAAUCACACAAAAAUCCAGCAGAAAUUGUGAAAAUUCUGAAAGACAACAUGGCCAUUUUGGAAAAACAAGAAAAAAAGACAGAGAAGGCUUCAGAAGAAGUGUCAAAAGCACUGCAAGCAAUGAAGGAAAUUCUGUGUGGUACAAAUGACAAGGAGCCCCCAACAGAGGCAGUGGCUCAACUGGCACAAGAACUCUACAACAGUGGGCUGCUGGUGACACUGAUAGCUGACCUGCAGCUCAUAGACUUUGAGGGAAAAAAAGAUGUGACCCAGAUAUUUAACAACAUCCUGAGAAGACAGAUAGGCACUCGCUGUCCUACUGUGGAAUACAUCAGUGCUCAUCCUCACAUCCUCUUUAUGCUCCUCAAAGGAUAUGAAGCCCCACAGAUUGCCUUACGUUGUGGGAUUAUGCUGAGAGAAUGUGUUCGAUAUGAACCACUUGCCAAAAUUAUCCUCUUUUCUGAUCAAUUCAGAGAUUUCUUCAAGUAUGUGGAGUUGUCAACAUUUGAUAUUGCAUCAGAUGCCUUUGCUACUUUUAAGGAUUUACUAACCAGACAUAAAGUGUUGGUUGCAGAUUUCUUAGAACAAAAUUAUGACACUAUUUUUGAAGACUAUGAAAAACUGCUGCUGUCUGAAAAUUAUGUGACUAAGAGACAAUCUUUAAAGCUGCUAGGUGAACUGAUCCUAGAUCGUCACAACUUUACCAUUAUGACCAAAUACAUCAGCAAGCCAGAGAACCUGAAACUCAUGAUGAAUCUCCUUCGUGACAAAAGCCCCAACAUCCAGUUUGAAGCUUUUCACGUCUUUAAGGUGUUUGUGGCCAGUCCUCACAAAACACAGCCAAUUGUGGAGAUUCUGCUGAAAAAUCAACCCAAACUAAUUGAGUUUCUAAGCAGCUUCCAAAAAGAAAGGACAGACGAUGAGCAGUUCACAGACGAGAAGAACUACUUGAUUAAACAGAUUCGCGACUUGAAGAAAGCAGCCCCAUGAAGCCCCACCACUGCCUGCCACAGCCAUUUGUCUCCCUCACUCUAUUUGUAUAAUAUCAUUUUAGAAAGUCAUUGUUCUUGGGAAGGCUUGGGAGGUGCCUGGUUUUUCUCAAUUAAUUGUUUGGGGUAGAUGGGAUAUAAACAUUUGAAUGAAGAAAAUUAAUCUAGAAUAAUAUAUUCAUUUUAAUCAAAUGAUUAUGUGAAAUCAGAGCUAUUAGACAUUUGACAAAAGCAACUUUGAAGUCAUAGGGUAGUGGUGGCACCUCUGCGUCCUGAGGACUAGGUACAGAGUGAAGAGGUGAGGAACGUUUACGCCCAUCUGCACUUCCAUAGAUAGAUUUCUUAAGGCACUGACUUUCUUGUGUAUCCUUUUGCUCCCUACCCAAUACCUUCUGACUAUAAUUAGUCAUUCCUAAUUUCCUGAAUUCACUUCCUAGCUCACUUUCUACUCACCAUCCCACAUUCCAUCCCACCCAGACAGGCCCACGGUCUCUACACUGCAGUGGAUUCAAUGGGAACAACUGAGGAGGACAAGAAUGGGUUAUUGUGGCCACAGGGCCAUAGAAGAACAUGAGGUAUAACCUGCUCAUGAGAGAACCAGGCAGGUGGUUUAACAUAGUCAUUGUGUUUGACAUCAACUUCCGGAUAAUUGUAAUAAUCUCCCAUAAUUGCAUAGGGAUCAUGUGUUUUAGGAGUAGGAAUCAUUGCAUUGUGUGGCAGCAGGCCCAGACAGGCCAAGGCAGAUACAGUAGGGGAUUUCUACCAAUAUGGUGACACGGACCUAGAAGGGAUAAUGAUUUGUACAUGAAAAAGUUCUCAACAAGCUGUCAUUCCAUAGCUGCUCAUCAAAAUCUUCAGUAAAAAGUUGUUAAAAAUCUAAAAAAAAAUAAAGUUGGUCCAUUCUGAAUAUACUCUUGCAUACUAGGAUAAUUAAGGAAUUAUUUGUGUUGCUUUAAACUACAUGAGAGAACCAAAAAUCAAAUUUUAAAAGGUCAUGGCUUGUUUUCAGACAGGAAAUACACAUAAAAUGAAAUUUUAAAUCUUUUUAUAAGACCUUAAAGGUAUGGUUCCAAGUCUUUAUUUUACUUUUUUUUUUAUUUUUAGUAAUUAUCUAUAAAUCACGGGUUGUUGCCUUAUGUUGCCUCAGUUUUUACUAUACUUUGGUAUGUUCUUUUUCCCAGCCAUUUCUCUAUCCAGAGACAAAUGUGUUCCCCAGGAUCAGUGCCCUUUGUAGGUUUUGUACCCUUUGGUUUUGUUGGUAGGUUUGUUCCCUGGUAGGGUGUCUCUUUAGGUUGGGACACAGGAGUGUGGCAUCUGGGUCCAGUAUAGAGCCUACAGCAGAAGACGAGAGUGGGCCAUAACUCACCUCACAGCUCUGGGCAGGGCCAGCUAAGGAGGAUCAGCUUCAGCCCCUAAUGACCUGCAUUCUUCAGUGCUAAUGUCAGAUUAUCUUUAUGACAUUUCCCAUAGUCUCCUUAUUUGAUGAAAACAGAUGAAUGUAAACACUAAAAACCAAAGUGAAAUAACCACUGGAAAUGGAUUCAGUGGCUUCACAGGGUUCUAUAAGAUGAAAUACAUGUUUUCAAUUGGAAAUGAAGGCCUUGUUCUAAUUUUUUU